CUCUCGUUGUGAUCAGAACAACGUCUCAGUCGCUUAGAUCUCUAAUUCUCUCUACUACCCACCAAAAGAAACAGAAGACCCGGGAAUCGAAUCAGAAGUGGAAUACACAGGGAAUUUGGGGUUCAGUCACUCUCACUCUUUCCUUUCAAACUCCCAAAAAGAAAGAGAGAGAAAACAAACACUGCUAGAGUAACACUGUUGAUGCAGCAAUAGUGUUACUAUAUAUAAACUAAAGCAGUACUAUAUAAAUAUAUAUAGUAAGUUGAAGAGGAGAGAAAAGGGUCCUUUGUUCAACAACUGCGAAGACCAUUGAAUCGUAAGGGUGAGGUGAGAGGGAAGGAGGUGAGAGAGAGAGAGAGAGAGUUUUUCUUCUCUUUUUCCUGCUUUUAAGGUCUCGCCGUCUUUGGGUGCGGCACUGCUUUUUCUUCAGCAGAGAAAAUUGGUGGCGCAUUAAAGUAAGGAGCUUUUACUGUGGCUAAAGUUGCAGUUUUUCUCUUGACAGAGGAAGGGAGGCAAAGAGAUUCGGAGCUGGAGAUUUGAGUCAAUUAUUUUCGUGUGGCUGGCAUUUAAAUCUCUUUCUCUGCCAAUUCUUGGAAUGGAGAAUUCUUAUACUCUUUAACACAGCAUAAUCCAACCCUCUGCCCCUGCUGCUAGCUAGCUCUAAUUAUCAGAGUCUGUUUUUGGUUUUCCAUUGUUGAGACGGAAGGGAAAAGAAGAAAAUAUAAAGUUGAUAGAUCAACUCAAGCAAGGGACAGUCUUUAAAUCGCACUCAUUUUGGGGUCAUUGACAGAUCUCUCUGCUUGAUUUCCUUCAAUCUUUUGCACGAAAGAGACAACUCAGAAACAAGAUCUACAAGGAUUUAGACGUUGCCUUAAGAGAACAAAGAAGACAAUGUUGCCUCCGAAGCAAGCAGAAGAAGCAAUAGUCUCCAACUUCAGCGAGACGGAGCAUGAAACCAGAGAAGAAGAGAAAGAAGAUGAACAACACUCAAUGUUCAGCGUCAAGAGCUUCCUCUGGCAUGGUGGCUCUGCCUGGGAUGCCUGGUUCAGCUGCGCUUCCAAUCAAGUGGCGCAAGUGCUGUUGACACUGCCCUAUUCCUUCUCUCAAUUGGGUAUGCUGUCAGGAAUUCUGCUUCAGGUAUUCUAUGGACUGCUGGGAAGUUGGACUGCAUAUCUCAUCAGUGUGCUCUAUAUAGAGUAUAGAAGCAGGAAGGAGAAGGAGAACGUCAGCUUCAAGAACCAUGUCAUCCAGUGGUUUGAAGUGCUUGAUGGUCUGCUGGGUCCGUACUGGAAGGCAGUUGGACUUGCCUUCAACUGUACUUUCCUCUUAUUCGGAUCUGUCAUACAACUUAUAGCUUGUGCAAGUAAUAUUUACUACAUCAAUGACAAAUUAGACAAGAGGACAUGGACCUAUAUUUUUGGAGCUUGCUGCGCAACCACAGUUUUCAUACCCUCCUUUCACAACUACCGUAUUUGGUCUUUUCUAGGCCUUGGGAUGACCACCUAUACGGCCUGGUACUUGGCCAUAGCCUCCCUUGUUCACGGCCAGGUUGACGGCGUGACCCACUCCGGUCCAACAAAGCUAGUGCUCUACUUCACCGGAGCCACCAACAUUCUCUACACCUUUGGCGGACAUGCUGUGACUGUGGAAAUCAUGCAUGCAAUGUGGAAGCCUCAGAAAUUCAAGUACAUCUACUUGUUGGCCACAUUAUACGUUUUUACUCUAACCCUUCCAUCUGCUUCCGCCGUCUACUGGGCAUUCGGGGACCAGCUCCUCAACCAUUCCAAUGCCUUCUCUCUCCUCCCCAAGACCCGCUUCCGUGACGCCGCCGUCAUCUUAAUGCUUAUUCACCAGUUUAUCACAUUUGGGUUUGCUUGUACUCCGCUGUACUUCGUGUGGGAGAAGGUGAUAGGGAUGCAUGACACAAGAAGCAUUUGUUUGAGGGCACUGGCAAGGCUGCCAGUGGUGAUUCCAAUCUGGUUCCUGGCCAUCAUCUUCCCAUUCUUUGGGCCCAUAAACUCUGCAGUUGGUGCUCUUUUGGUUAGCUUCACCGUCUACAUCAUCCCAGCUUUAGCCCAUAUGCUCACCUACAGAAAAGCCUCUGCUCGACAGAAUGCUGCAGAAAAGCCUCCAUUCUUCAUGCCAAGCUGGACUGCAAUGUAUGUAUUCAACGCCUUCGUUGUGGUGUGGGUUCUGGUGGUCGGGUUUGGGUUCGGUGGAUGGGCUAGCAUGACCAACUUCAUCAGGCAAAUUGACACCUUCGGGUUGUUUGCCAAGUGCUAUCAGUGCAAGCCUCCAACACCAGUACCAGGAGCAGCUGCACAGCACCACUGAGCUGACUCAUGAUCAACAAUUCAACCUGAAUUCAACUCCUCCCCCCUAUAUAAAAAGAAACAAACCCACCAAAAAAAAAAUGAAUUCCCUGUUUUUCCUCCAUAUCUUGUAUCAUACAUGGGGACAUAGCAAUAUCUCCCCUACAUGUGAUGUGUGCUGGAUUUUCCCUUUCUUUCUUUUUUCUAUUUUUUCCUCCCCUCCACCCUUAAAUUAGUUGAUAAAAUAGUGUGUUGAAUUGUGAUGAUUCCUUUGCUAUCAAAGCAUAGGCCUAAUUAAAUCUGAUAAUAGUAUAUCUUUUACCUUUCUCCAUC